AUGACCUGCUACCUUCUUCUGAUAGCUGCCUUAUGCUUGGUUGGCACAGAUGCGCCUACCCCAGUGCCAACCAGUUCUCCUUAUCCUACAUCCGUUUCAGGGGUCCCUAGUUGGACAACAGUUUCGUUAACUGUUGCGGGCGCAAUAUUAGCGGUCUUAAUUACAGUCACUAUUCUUUGCUUCAAGAAGAGUGAUAACGAUAUAAUGGUACAGAUGAAUCAGCGCUUGCUAGAGAAGGCUGAUGUGUAA